GCCGGUAGCAAAGGAAGCUGUUGGCCAAGACUCGCCAUUGGGAGAGACACGUCUGGCAAACCGCUUGCAAACGGAGUAUUGUUAAUGGAUAACGGCCCUAAUCUCGAACGUCGAGAUAGCUUUCGACUCGCUUUCGUGCACAAUCAGUAUGCUGGCUCUGUAGCAGACGGACUGCGCGAGGUGCGCAGCUUCUUGGAGUCCCAUCCGAGAGAGGUAGUGCUACUUGAUUUCAAUCAUUUCCAUGAAUUCGAAACAAAACGCCAAAUGGAGGCCUUCUUUCAGAUCAUCAACGAGGUAGGCUUCCCAGCUUUCUGGAUAUAUUGA